AAAGCCGGGUGUUGCGUUUUGAUCACCUACAAAGAACUGCACACCGGUGCUAAAUAAUAUCAUGAUUUACCGCCGUAACCAUGUUAGAUUAAUCAGCAUGGGAACGCUGUCUGUACUGUACCAGUGUUUGGUUUUCCUGAUAGUAUGCCACACGGAAACGAUAGUUGGCAAAGUGAUCAUUGCGCCUGGCGUUGAUAUUCACAAAUUACCAGCGGAGAAGACCUGUAUUCCUGAUUCGCAGCUUCCCGCAUCCGGAGUUCGUGGCCAGUGUCUGACGGUAGACGAGCUGGAUCUGUGCGGAAACCGAACUUUGUCUGCAUCCCAAGACUGUACCGGCUUAGACGGCAACCAAGAAGCCUUCUGCUGUUAUGCAGAUUCAACGAGCACUUCAAACGAAAAAGCCACUGGUGUACGCGGUUCAACCAGCGCAUUUUAUCUUAAUGCUGCUAGAGGAUCGACACUGCAUCAGCAGUGCGGUGUCCCCAACGGCGAUUCGGAAAUGUUCACCAACUCUCAGAAGACGUCAACCAAGAUUGUCGGUGGAACCCUGGCGCCGAAUGGUUCUGCAUCGCUUUGUUGGCAGGUUUCAAUAACCAUCCAGAAUAAGCGCACCAACGCCGUAUCGGCUUGUGGCGGGAGUAUCGUGGGAAUGUGGACCGUCAUCACUGCCGGACACUGUGUCGUCUCCUCCACGAUCGCUAAAUUCAACCAAUCGGAAUUAGAUAUCAUCGUGGCCAUCGGCGUGAUCUCCAGGAACACCGGCGUUCCGGGUCUAUCGCUGUAUCCGGACUAUGUGCACGGGUGUGCACAGGCCAUUCAUGUCCAGCAAGCCAUUCCCCACCCCAAGUUCCUCCGCACCAUCGGCGACAACGACGUCGCCGUGCUCAUUCUCAAGGAACCCAUUGAUUUCCGGGCACGUGCCAACUGCGCGUGUCGACUAUGCCUGGAAGACGCUUUAACACCGCAACCGGGCGACAUGUGUAUAACAUCGGGUUUCGGACGCACCGCGGACCCAGAUUCAGGUGCGUCUGCAGCUGGGCCAGCCGUGAUUCCUUUAAGUUACGUUUCCGUGCCAAUACUGGACCCGGAUGUGGAUGACUGUGCUGGUGCCGUCGAUUUCGUAACCGGCGCUCAGACCAAUACGAGUACCACGAUUUGCGCUGGCGGUGUGGUGGGACAUGAUGCAUGCAACGGUGACAGCGGUGGACCCCUGUUUUGUUUGGAUAAAAGGAGCGGUGUGCAGUAUUUAGCCGGGAUAGUGUCGUCAGGGGACGGCUGCGCUCAGGGUGUGGGGACAUUGUACACUAAAGUUGCGCCGUUUUUGUCGUGGAUAUUUAACCAGGCACCACUUGGUGACCUGACUGUGUUCGUGUAACUAUUUUUUUAUUUUUAAAUUUUUAUUAGCAUGUUUUACUUCCGCUCCUGGUUUUUUGUUACUGAAGGGGUAAUUGUUUAGGAAAAAAUUAUCUGGAUUCGUGAAUUGCUUAUGAUUUUUGCGUUUGCUGGCGACAAUAGUGGUCUUUGGUUAUCCGUUAUCGAAAAUCUAAUGCGAUGUCGGCAAUAAUUCAAGAUGAAACAUGUGCACUGCGCACUACUUGUGUCACAGUUUGCUUUAAUACCCGCACCUCUUGUUUUUUUGUACUUGUAUCAUUGCCAAAGAUGAAAGAUGA